AUGGCAUCCUUCCGCGCAGGCUCGCGACUCUCCCAGUCCAUUCGAUACAACGCAAAGGUUCUCCGCGGUUACUCCAGCUCCCAAACAGCUCAGCUCGAGUCAAUCCUUGCCAAACCAAGCUGGUCCGUACGGUCAUUGCUUCCCGAUGAAAGCUCGGAGCCAUCUACGCCAUCCAUCACGCCGAAACAACUUCAUCACCUCCUCCGGCUAUCAGCCUUACCACAACCGGCGAGCGCGGAAGAAGAGCAGUCCAUGUUGCGAACAUUGGAAUCACAAAUUCAUUUCGUGAAGGAGAUGCAGACUGUUGAUACUACAGGCAUAGAGCCAUUGCGCAGCAUUCGAGACGAAACUGCUGCAGCUGCACAGGAAACAGCCAUUGGACUUGACCAACUCCGUGAUGCACUGGCCAAGGAGCAGGUUAGUGGACGGCGGCGGAGGAUCCAGCGUAUCCAGGGUGAGAGGAAUAGUCAUCCGGAUGGAUCAGCUUGGGAUGGCGAUGCUCUUGGAUACGCAUCCAAAACGAAGGGGAAGUACUUUGUUGUUGAGACUGGCAGUAGCUGA